AUGACAGAGGACGAUGCAAAAGCUCGGGAUGUGUAUCCUGGAGCGCAGGUGCGUAUUCACAGCUUGCAGAGCGCCAUGGGAGCAAAGCUAAACGGAUGCGAAGGCGUUGUGGAGACGUGGAACGCUGCAACUUGCCGCUGGAACGUCCGCAUUGCCGGAGUUGGUGUUAAGUCGAUUCGCGAUGAGCACCUUGAGCAGCUCAAUCCGGGCGCAUCUGGGGCACCAAAGGCCCCUGCAUCGACCACAGGAACUGACACGAUAGCCAUCUACCGGCUCCUCUGCAAAGAUGGGGUCACUGCAGUCCAUGAGAGUGACUUCCAAGCCGUGGUGCAGCGCCUGCUUCCUCAAAGCGAGGAGCAGCACAAGAAGCUGCUGUGGUUGCUGCCAAAGUGCCCAGAUGGCAAAGUGGACAUCCCCGAGGCUUUGUCACAACUGGAGAAGGGCUUCGAGCAGACGGCGCAGCCUGGUACAACUUUGGCUGGAGGCAUAGGACGAGCUCCUGUUGGGAUGGCUGGCGGGCCACCCGUGCCGCUGGUGCCUGGCCCACUGAAUCCAGCCCAAGGAGGGCGGCCUCGCAACACAGGGCAGCUAGCUCAGGAGAUCCUUAGUUUUAUGUGA